UAACGUACUAAUCAAAAUAACAUCCUGGUUUCGAAAGUUUAGAGUUGAAUUGAGAACGAGAAUCUUUUACCUUUUUCGUGGAAAUGACGAGAUUAAACGUGUGUGAAAUGUAUAUUUUCCACAUAGUGUAAAUAUAGAGUGUAUCAUAAAAGCUAUUCAUUCCGGUGUUAUACAGCAUUGCCAAGUUAAAAAUGGGGAACAUGAUCCAUAGUUUUCCAGGAUUUCAAUACAUCACAAAUAGCGACAGUGGACCCCCUCCCACUAAGAAAAGAAAGCUCGAAGAUGGCAGUAGUGGUAUCGGAGGCUCAAUGUAUGAAAAAGAUUUGGAAAUACAUCAUUUGCAUUCGGAAAUAAAACGUUUAAAGGAAUCGUGCGUGUGUAUUGAAGAUUAUGAAGACAUGAAACAUAAAUAUCUAAUAGAAAAGAAUGCUAAGGAUGACGCCUUACGAAGAUUGAGUGCCAUCGCUUCGAGCAAAUUACGGAAUAACAAUCCAAACAUCGCUGAUCUUAGUGAUGCAAACAGACCUACAAAAAUAGCCGAAAAGUUGUCAGAGUUAUAUGACAACCAAUGGACAGACGCUUUCGGUGAUCUGGAAAAAGGCAUGAACGAAAGAGAUAUAAUCCACUUUCUAAGGGACAUCUUAAUGAAAUCCUACGCAGAAUGUAAAGCAAUUUCCUCUGAUAAUUACUUUGAGAAAGUUCAAAGAUGUAUAGAAUGUCCACUACAGUUCGCAGGGUCUGGGCAGUUGAAAUCGGGAUCAGUCCUUCCUGAUUAUUUGAAACAACAAAUUAAGGAAUUCAGAAAAUUUCGUGCUGUGCAUGUAGUCAAUGAUAUCGAAAAGGCAAUAAAAGGAAAACUUAACACACAUUCCAAAAUGAGUGCAGGAGUCGAUAGAUAUAUCUCAAGCUGUGUUGAGAUCACGUGGUUAAUGGUGGUACAAGACCCUCCUCUUGUAUUAUCAACGUCGUCAUCUUCAAAGUUUGAUUCUAGAAUAUUCAGGGAAUACACAAAGCGUGGACCUAAUAUCGAUUACGUUGUCUGGCCAGCUCUUAUUCUUCAUGAAGGAGGUCCUCUGUUAGUGAAAGGGGUUGCUCAAGGAUGUGUUCAACACCAUCGAUAUCGAUAACUUUAAAGAUCGUCAGUUUGUUUUAAUUAGAUACAUGUAUGCCAUUUAUGUUGACAUUCCAUGAAUAUAUUUUGUUCUUUGUGUUAACGAACGAACGAAC